AUGCUUGACGGAGCACAGUAUAACUUUGCGGUCCAACCUGAGCAGCCCCCUUUCUCCCUCUCUCUCCUUACCCCUCACUCCGCUGCCCAGAGAUGCCUGACCGGCUACACGACGACGAGGUCGCGCCCUUUGCCGCCCUCCGCCGUCCCGCCGUUGAGGCCCUCGCGCGGAUCCUCUACUUGCGCCACGCCACCACGACCGGCGCCCCCGCCGGCCGAACCUGCGCGACGCGCCCGCCCUGCGCCGCCCCCGCGCGCUGUCCCUCCUCGGCGACCUCUUCUGCAGCUGCUUCCAGCACGGUGGUGGCGGACAGGAAACCCGGGGGGCGAGAGAGCUGAUCAGGGCGGAGGUGGACGCCGCGCUAUGCCCGAGUCACAGGGCGCUGAGCCCGCGCGUGCUGGCGGCGCUGGCGGUGCUGGUGGAGGACGAGGUGAGGAGGCACCUGGACCGAGCAGCAGGGGCAAGGCGGACGCGGGAGAAGAAGGAGGUGGAGGAGGGGGCGGUGGAGAUGUGGACGGAGAGCGCGGCGCGCGUGGCGGCGCUCUGGACGGGGAGGAGGAGAUGGGAGGAGAAGAUGAGGAGGCCGCUGGACGUGGCCCUGCCGGCGUGCGUGAGAGGCAGCGGCUGCGCGGCGUGCAGGCUGGCGGUGGUGGGCGGGUCGCCGCAGUUUCUGAUGGUCUUGAGGACGGGCCUGGUGGCGCGCCACGAGAUGGCGGUCGCGACGGGCCGCGAGCGAAGGGCGGGCACGCCGGAGCCGCCGGUUCUGCUGCGCAUGGUGGAGGCGUGGAUCGACACGUGCUACGCGCGGAGGAGGAGGAGGCGCAUCCGCGGCUGGGCAGCGGCAGGGAAAGGAGGGCUGAAGCGGGAGGAGGGGGAGGCGGAGGGCAGCGGAGGGGGGGCUGCUGGCUGGCGCGGGACGAGGAGGCGCGGCUGAUGAUGGAGGUGGACGUCGAGGCGCUCCUCCUCAGCAGUGGCGAGGACGAGGACGAGGAGGACGAGGACGAGGAGGACGAGUAUGAGGUUGAGUAUGCGCAGGGGAGGUGGAGGCUGCUCAAGCGCGCGACGAGUAGGAAAGAGGAGGAGGGAUACUCGCAGCACCUCCCGGCGGGCGCCUUUGCGGCGGUGAUGAGGGUGACUCCGGAGAGGAGCUCGAGGUCGUCGUCGACGAGACGGCGGCGGUCGAAGGAACGGCAGUCGGGGGAGGCCAAGGUAUCACCGCCAAGCCCGCCGCCUCCUGCAAAGAGUGACGACGAUCGCCAGCCGUCGAGAACGAACGAGCGCGUGCCGGAGAGGUCUCCUCCGACUUCUUCCCUGCGCGCCUCCGCCAGCACCGUGGUAGUCGAGCCCCCGCCCCGGACGACGGCCGCCCCGGACGGAAUCCCGGCAGCGGCGGCACGGACCUGGCCUACGCAGCCAUCACUGCCAUCGCCGCCGCUUUCGCUAGCCAGCGAGGCCGAGCUGGCCGCCAUCUACGACGCGUACUACCGCGCGGCCGCCGCGGCGGAUGACGUCGGCACCACUGCCCCCAGCAUCCGCGCUGGCAUCCGCGGUCCUCCGUCGCCGCCCUGUACGCGGAGCGCGCCGCCGCAGCCAGUCUCGCCGCUUCCAGAGCACGGCUACGUCGCUGCGGAGAGGGAGGUUGAGAGGAGGGACCAUGGUGACGAUGAAUCGCUGCAUCCGCGGCCGCUGCGGACGCGGCACUACCGGCCACGGAGCAGCGGCAUCCCGGUGCCGAAGCACCCGACCGCCGUGGGGAUGCCGCGGGUUGGCAGCGUGCACUCGGUGAGCUCGACGGUCCUGCUGGGGUGCGGCGGCGGCGGCGGCCGGCGGUGGCCAAGGCCGGUGGAGGGCUGCUGA